GACUAAGCCAGAAGAAGAACCCGAACCCCGCUUUCUCCUCAGGCGGGUGCCCGAUUGGGUAAUUAGUGCAGGCGCCUGAGCCUACGCCCACGCACGGCAAAACCGCUGUGGAGGAGCCGCCACCGGAGAAGGGCGAGGUGUUGUUGUUGAGUGUUGAGUGUUGUGUAGUUGUGUUUAUUAUUCCAUAUUCUGUAUUAUAUUCACUAAUACUAUCUACAUUAUCUAGAAUACUGCAAUCUGCUCACUCACCUCUCUGGAUCUGAAUCUAGAUAGCAGAUAAGCAGAGCACAAACCUGCCGCACUUAAAACCUCAAACCCUACUCAAACUAUACUCCAGGCGCGCCUCCACCAAGUGAUCCUCGGACGCGCUGCGCAUCACCACCGGCAUCUACACCGCACUCAGCUUCGAUGCCGCCAGACGCUCAAACGCACUCAGUUGCGUCCGACGUCAAUCCCUCGGCGAGCAGGGUGUCUGACGCGUCAGAUCAGAUACUGCCGAUCGCCGCGCGUGCUCUCAAGGCUCUUGGUCAGUCCGCCGCAGUCGCUGAUGAAGACUGUGAGCAGACGCAGGCCGGGGCCAACGCGCUCACCUGCAUCAGCUGUCUGGCGUGGAAACCCACAUACGAGUUCACUCUCGACGAUGAUCCCAAACUGUACAGAUCGUGCAGUCGCUGUCGGCUGAUGCAGUUAAGAGAAAGUUGCUCCUCAUCUUGCUCUAACUCUUAUCGUCAUUCUAACAUCUCCCAGCUCAACCAACUCGAACUCAUCUCCACCUCCAACCCCUCAUCCACUCCCACCGAAAAAGUCGACUGGACCCCAAGAAUCACGCGUCCCAGAUUCGACGGCGUGCAAUCCUACUCCGACUCAGACUCUCUCAGCAAAGCCAUCCGCGACGACCUUCGCGCUGGCGACUUUGAAAAUAACGCCAAACUAUUCGACUUCUCCUACUUCCUCACCAGCGACUUCCGUCUUCCCAACCGCCUGCGCAUCAAUGAUCUGCGCCAAAGCAAUGGCAAUUCUGCCGCUGUCAAUGAACGACUGGUCCAGCUUAUAUACAUCACCGCCAACAUCGUCUUUACGCGUCACUCCCAAACCCGAUCCGCAAAGGGCCUCAUCAGAUGUCGCUAUACCUGUACGCAAAAGGACGAAAGCGGCAACCGCAAUUCGCAAAAAAAAUCAAAGAAACUAAACAGAUCCCAGCGCGAACUAUUCCCCUGCGACGGCUCACUCGUCAUCGCAGAGCUACAAGACGGCUCGAUUCGCCUCACGCUCAAGCAUCGCUUCAUCCACACGCCUGCUGAGACUUCUCGCAUCAAGCGAAAGCUUGCUUCCAUGACCGAUUAACGACCUUUUCUUUUUGUCUUCAUUUUUGCUUUUCUGUACGGAGUUAUUGAGUGUAUUUAUAGGAAUAAAAUGCGUCUGCUUUUUAAACAUAUCAUAUCAUAUUGGC